UCAACCUAUCAAAUAAAUUCAGUACUACCUUACACAGAACACUGAGCUGUCAGUUCACUCCCUGUCCUGAAAUAUACAACAUUUAUACACAUCACACGGAAAGAAAUGAAUCGCAUACUGGAGCAGGUGAUCCACCAGAACGGAGCCAUAGUGGAUCGCAUAUUAUCGGAGCACACUAUAGGAUAUGUGGUCUCCGACAACAUGGCGAAUGCGGUGGCCGAAACGUCCUUCGACAACACCAGUGCCCAGGCGAUCGUGAAGCACUUAAAUGGACUCCUGGUGAGCACCUGCCAAAGUGUCGUCCGGGACAUUGACCCGGCCAACAAGCUGUGCUUCAUGCGCCUAGCCACUCGCAAGUUUGAGUACCUGGUGGCCCCCGAGGAGUACUUUACCAUCACAGUCGUUCAGUGAGCGAAGAGGAUACGAUUAAGCAGUUACAAAUCCAGAGUUCAGUCUUUGGCGCAGAAUCUAAUAAUUUCCUGAAACUUUUAAGGAACAAUCUCCUAGGAUUGCUCAACAUUUUAGGAUUUUGUUUCUUAAAAUAACUAGGCAAAUUUAGCCUCCAGUAUAUAGCCAAUUCUCCUGCCAUCUCCGUAAAAUGUAAUAAAAACUUUAAAUGCAUUAAAAA